AUGGCUGACAGUCUUUCUUUAACCGGCUCCUCUACAAAACUUAUAACACUAUCUAUCCAUCCAUCUAUCCGUCUGUCUAUCUGCCUGUCUAUCUAUCCGUCUGUCUAUCUGUCUGUCUGUCUAUCCCUCCAUCUAUACGUCUGUCUAUCAAUCCGUCUAUCCGUCUGUCUGUCUGUCUAUCUAUUCCUCCCUCUAUCCGUCUGUCUAUCUAGACGUCUGUCUAACUAUCUGUCUAUCUAUCCCUCCAUCUAUCCGUCUGUCUGUCUGUCUAUCCGUCUAUCCGUCUGUCCGUCUGUCUAUCUGUCUGACUAUCUAUCCCUCCAUCUAUCCGUCUGUCUAUCUAUCCGUCUAUCCGUCUGUCUAACUAUCUGUCUAUCUAUCCCUCCAUCUAUCUGUCUGUCUGUCUAUCCGUCUGUCAAUCUACCCGUCUGUCCGUCUGUCUAUCUGUCUGACUAUCUAUCCCUCCAUCUAUCCGUCUGUCUAUCUAUCCGUCUAUCCGUCUGUCUAACUAUCUGUCUAUCUAUCCCUCCAUCUAUCUGUCUGUCUGUCUAUCCGUCUGUCAAUCUACCCGUCUGUCCGUCUGUCUAUCUGUCUGUCUAUCUAUCCGUCUAUCCGUCUGUCUAUCUGUCUGUCUAUCUAUCCGUCUGUCUAACUAUCUGUCUAUCUAUUCCUCCAUCUAUCCGUCUGACUAUCUAUCUCUCCAUCUAUCCGUCUGUCUAUCUAUCCGUCUAUCUGUCUGUCUAA